AUGAGUGAGAAAGAAGAUAAAUCCGCUGAGAAAGAAGAGCCUAAGGAUUUAGAAACUCUUUUUGAUAUGUUCGCAAGAUUCGGAGAUCGGGAAAGCGACGGAACCAUCACCUUGAAGAAUAUCGAUAAGUGGCUUAAGCAAGCGGAACUCCUUGACAAAAAAGGUGGAGUAACAAACGCAGAUACAGCCAUAACGUUCUCGAAGAUUGUUAAAAACAAGAAGCGGAUGGAUUUAAACGAGUUCCAAGAAUUCAUUGAAACUCUCGCCAACGACAAAAAAGUGGAGCCAAAGGAAUUCACUGACAAAUUGAUUGCUGCUGGUGAACCGAAACUGAGUAGUGUUACUACACCAAUAACUGGAGGAGCUGUUGGCAGAAACCUUCGACGUAUGACAGACACCAAACUGUAUACAGGAGCCCACAAGGAACGCUUCGACGAGGAAGGUAAAGGCAAAGGUAAAGAAGGUAGAACGGAUAUUCAGUCCGAUACAGGAUAUGUGUCUGGAUUCAAAAAGGAUGAAAAACAUGGCAAGCAUGAGGAUAAGGAUAAGGAUGAGAAUGAGGAUGACAAAAAGCAUAAGAAGAAAUAA